GCAGUGCUAACUACGUUUGCUUUCACUUUCACACGGGAGGAGGAUUCACGCCCUAUUUAAGAUCUUGUUUAGGACUUGUUUUCACAUCGCUUGUACUUUCACAUUAGACCAGUGUAAAACGUUUUCGUAACAUCAAGCCAUACAACUGCUCUCUCUGCCGAGCCCCGCCUCGCGCACCCGUCAACGUCAGAUAGUGAAACCAGAAACUGUAUGCUACUGUCUGAUCUAGUAUAACUGUGGCUGUUCUGCGCGUCAAUCAUCUAUGUUCAAAACCAUGGAUGAGCCAGUAUGUCUGAUUAGCAGCGAUUCUGAAGGACGGCUAUGUGUCAUGAAGAAAGCUAAAGAGAUUCUGGAUGGGAUCACUCAGCCAGUUAUUGUAGUGUCUGUGGUAGGGCUUUACCGCACGGGGAAGUCUUACCUCAUGAACCGCUUAGCAGGAAAACAAACAGGCUUUGCACUAGGCAGCACCAUAGAGUCAAAAACUAAAGGCAUCUGGAUGUGGUGCGUUCCACACCCCAUUAAAACAGGACACACUCUGGUGCUGCUGGACACUGAGGGACUCGGGGAUGUGCACAAGGGUGAUGAAAAGCAUGACACAUGGAUCUUCUGCCUGGCUGUCCUGCUCAGUAGCACUCUGGUCUACAACAGCCUUGGGGUCAUAGACAACAAUGCACUUGAGAAGCUACACUUUGUGACAGAACUGACUGAGAACAUCCAAGUGAAAGCACAGAGAGGUGCUGACGAUGAUGACUCAGCAGAGUUCAUGCGAGUCUUCCCCUCCUUCAUCUGGUCUGUGCGAGACUUCACGCUGAAGUUGGAGAAGGAAGGCAAGGCUAUCACAGCUGAUGAAUAUCUGGAAAGUGCUUUGGCGCUUAAAGCUGGUUCUUCCUCUAGUAUUGAGAAGUUCAACCUGCCCAGACGCUGUUUGCGUCACUUUUUCGCAGAACGCCGGUGUUUUGUAUUCCCACGGCCAGCCGGAGAUGAUGACCUGGCAAGGAUGGAGGAGCUGUCUGAGACGGAUCUCAGGCCACAAUUUCUGCAGCGUGCUCAGGAGUUCUGCAGCUAUGUGUUUAGCAGUGCCAAGCCAAAAACCUUAACAGGGGGGCGGAUGCUCAUCGGCAGUGCUCUGUGCAGUCUAGCGGAGGUGUAUGUGGAGGCAAUUCGUAGUGGCCGGAUUCCUUGUCUGGAGAAUGCAGUGGUGUCUUUGGCUCAGAUCCAGAAUGAGCGAGCAGUGGAACAGGGCCUGCAGGUCUACCAGAGUCAGGUUUUUGAGUCAGUGUGCUUUCCACUUGACCCAUCUGUACUAUCAGACAUCCACAGAAAAGCAGAGACUGCAGCUAUCGAUGCCUUCAUCAGCAUUUCCUUCAAUGAUACUGAGCAAAAAGCACAGCUGAAGCUCAUGGAAGAGAUCCAGACUGUGUAUCAGGAGCUGUGUGGUCAGAAUCGUGAGGAAUGUUCAAAUGUGUGUAAGCUGGAGCUGACACAGGUGUUUACUCCUCUGGAGGAGGCUGUAAAUGAUGGUUCAUUUAUGCACCCUGGAGGAUACACAGAGUACCGUGAUAAACUCCAGAGCUGCACAAAUGAAUACAGAGCACGCACACACAAACAGAUGAUGAGUGAGGAAGUGUUGCAUGAGUAUCUGAGGGAGAAGGAUCAGUUUGUGAAUAAUAUUCUUUUAGCUGAUCAGCGCCUGACUGAAGCAGAGCAAUACAAGGAAGUGGAGCGUUUGAAAAAGGAGGUUCUUGAGCAGAAGAACAAAUCUUUAGAGGAGAUGAAGCAGUUUCAAGAACAGACAUUACAGGACCAGAAGAGGACCUAUGAGCAACACGUAACCCAGCUGCUGGAACGCAUGGAGAAAGAGAGUGCGAGAGCAAAGGAGGAUAACGAACGAGUGCUGGAUGCUAAACUUAGAGAACAGAGGAUUCUGAUGGAAGAAGGGUUUAAGGAAAGAGCGGCUCAGAUGAAUGUAGAGAUUGAAAGUCUGAAAGGAGAGAUGAAGAAUGACGACGAGUCAAAGCGAUCUACACUCGGUAUGGUAGUGGACGGAGUGGGCAUUGCAGCAAGUCUGUUCCUGCCUGGCAUCAUCCCUAAAGCUGCUGGUAUUGCCGUAUCAUACUUAUCACGAUUUUUGGAUCGCAAGAAGUAGUUGUACACUGUGGUGCACACAAUUCCGAAUAUUUACUUUCAACUUAUUAACUAGGCAAAUUUGAAAUUAAUAAAAAAAUCACAAAUCUUCAAACCCAGGGUAAAAAGUGAGCAAAAUGUACAUAAGUUGCUCUCAAAUAGCAACAACUCAAAAGUGGUAAUUAGUAUUACAACGGAAUUUAAACUGUAUGUAGUUGUAAAUGAGGAUAUGGAUUGAGGCUCUAAGACUAUUUAAGGUAAUAGGAAAAUUUGUUUACAGAGAUGCAUGAUGGGCUUUUUGUUCAUCAGUAUUUUUUAUUGUUUCAGUUGGACUCAUCUUAGAUUUAAUCCUUUACAAUUUUUAACCAUUUUAUCUGUUCCUCUAUCAAGUUAUGUAGUCUCUUCUAGCAGUAAUUUGAAGAAAAUUAUGGUGAUGAAGCCUUUAAAAGUUAUCACAGAAAUUUUCAUAAUAAGUAACUUCCAUUUUAUUAGACCACAAUCUAAUAUGUACUCCAGCAGUGUGACUUAGGUUCAGUUAGUUAGGUUCAAUUGUAGUGUCAGACUUGGAUUUAUUAUUUUUUUUAAAUGCUUUUUUUUUUUUUUUAAUUCUGUGCUUUUACAAUUAAAAACUUAUGUUACAUUAAGUUAUGCUGAGCACCUUUGUCAUUGUUUGUCAUGUGCUUGUUUUGCCCUUUUUGACUCCUAUACAAAAUGCACUGAUUUAAAAAUAAAGCUAUAUUCAUAAGUGGGUUUUUCCCCCCCAGACUAACCAAUCUCUAGGAUCUUGACUUGGAAAUUGAAAAAAGAAUUUACGGUGACAUAACUGGGUAAUUAUUCCUACUAGCAGGGACAUCUUUGAUUUACUCAUUCUGUCAUCAUGUCUUUUCCUUUCACCCACUAUUUUUAUGGCCAAGUGCCAUUUUACUGUUGACACAUUUACAUACCUUCCCUUUUAUUAACAAUUUUCCAAUGCUCUAAUUCCUCACUAUUCUUGCAAAUUUUCUGUGCUACUAGAAUUCUGGUUUAAUGUGAUCAUAUGUCAGAUCUAACCUGAUGGUAAUUCCAAUAAAUGUCGGGUAAAAUACACCUUAUUUCUGAAUACCUUUCAACAAAACAUUGGCUCAUGUGCUUGUCCACUGCUGUGUCCAGUGUUUUUUGUUUUUUCCUGUUCGUUUUAAUUUGUGAUAUUAAUACCUUUACAUAUACUUGUUUAUAUACAGUAUUUAUACACACACAACACCUCAUUUUCACUCAUUUAUUGUUGUGCAAAAUGAAACAUUUUCAUAUGUCCAACAUAUGUCCUAAAUCCUAAAUACAUUUCAAAGCUAGUAAGUUUAUUUAAACUUAUUUAAAUUUAUUAUGUUCUUUUGUUUUGUUUUUCACUGAAAAUGAAUAUGCAGUAUUUUUUUUUUUAAAAAUCAUCCUACUCAACGGGAAAUGCAAUUGCUAUCAUUUUGAAAUAAACAUGCAUUGGCAUUAAUGGUUGUCAUUUUCAAGACAUUAAAGUAUAAAACCAUCAAAUAUA